CGUUAUGGGAGAGUUAAAAAGGUUUUCCGCGAUCGGUAUAUAAAGCGAAAUACAACAACCUGGGCGGCUCAGUUGCCGUCGGUUCCAAGUUAAUACUCCACGCGAUCUCCGCCGAAGUUGGUCCGAAGAUUUGCCCGAUUUGCCCGAGAUAGUCACCCGGUUCAUUAGGGGAAUUGGAUUUGGAAUUGAAAUUGAAAGUGCUUUGUUGUCUUCGACACUCGACACUCGAGCUGGGUGUUGCCAGCGAAGGCCUUUUGCGAUUGCAUUCAGGGCUUAAUCGAUUUGAAAUAGCUGGCCCCACAAAAGCCAAUCAGCGGAUACAAUUCAACAUGAAAGUGCUGCAACGAGUGCUCUUAGUCGGCUGCCUGAUGGUGGGAGUGGGUAUGGUGAGGUCGCAGGACUAUCAGGAUUACCAGGAGAAUACACCACGGACGGCUCCACUUCGCCUGCGAGCAAAUUCAGCUCCCGCCCGGGCUGAGGCGCCACGAGCUGAUCCGGUGGCCAUUCUUAAGCAGAUUAACAAGCACAAUGAAGACGGCUCCUACACGUAUGGCUAUGAAGGUGCUGAUGGUUCCUUCAAAAUCGAGACUAAGUUAGCCACCGGCGAAGUCAAGGGCAAGUACGGGUAUGUGGAUGAGACCGGAAAGGUGCGAGUGGUGGAGUAUGGGGCCAACAAGUAUGGGUUCCAGCCUUCCGGAGAGGGCAUCACAGUGGCACCACCCACAUUGGUGGAUGAAACUGCCAAGGAGGAGCCAGACUACGCGGAUGAGCCCGCACCACAGCGUCCUCAGAAACCUUAUCGUGUUCAGCGUCCCCAGCCACGCCCACAGCCUCGCCCGCAACCCCAACCGCAGCCGCAGUACGUGCAAUACGAGGAGGAGGAAGAGCCACCACGUCGGGUUCAGUAUGCCCCGCAGCCACAGCCACAGCCUCAACCACUGCCGCAGCCACAGCAUUUGCCACAACAGCACCACCAGCCGUCAGUGGGUCCGGCACCACCACGAAUCCAAAUUCCCGGGGCCCAGCGCACCACCGAUGUGCUUUAUUCGCCGCUGCAGCGUCCCGCUCGCCCUGAACCGGACUAUUCGCAAUCGCAGAGCUUCGGAGAUGGACCCUCGAAUGUGCGCAUUUCCCGGCCCGUCUACGCCCUGCCCCCUGCAUCGCCGGCUCCGAGCAGUGCCCGGGCUCAGGGAUUCCUGGCACCCGCCUCCGGAGGACGCCCUCUCCUGGAACCGGUGGGCUUCGGCCAGUCCCAGGCACCCAUCGCGCGUCCUGUGCAGCAGCAGCAGCAGCCGAGCUACCAGCCGCAACCACAGUCCCGCAGUGGCGUAGGUGGUGGCUCGGGUUUGCUGGAUCAGUUGGCCCGCGACUACGCCCUGCCGCAGGGAAAUGCCCAGCCACUGCACGACAUCACCUUCGGCUACUACUGAGCUGGAGUCCCCAUGCCCCCUAACAACCCAGAGAUUCCUUGCUUCUAGGUCCUAAUCGCACAGGUGUGCCUGUCUCUGACAUUUUCUAAGCGAUAAUAAAAGUUCCAGUUCCCCAAUUAAUAAACUAAAA